CAAACGAAGACAAAGCUUAAUCAGAAAGGUUUUCCCAAUCUUUCGUAGGAAUACAGCUUCACGCAAUCAGUUUCAGCCAUUGCCAAGCUUCCUCAGGAAUUGAUUGGAGGCGAAGAUCGUGGUUCCAAUAACCGAGCAAAUCUCCAUUUCUCAGACUCGCAGGGCAUCCACUCAGCCAUACAUUAGAAUGGAACUGCCAGGUGAUGGAUCAGAUGUGAUCAGUCAAACGGAACUGACCCAAGAGCCACUUUUAUGUGGACUUCCAGAUGAUAUUGCUCUUUUCUGCCUAGCAAGGGUGCCUCGGAAGUACCAUACCCUCCUAAAGUGUGUCUCAAAAAGAUGGAGAGACUUGGUGUGUAGUGAAGAGUGGCAUUCUUACCGUAGAAAGCAUAAACUUGAUGAGACUUGGAUCUAUGCUUUGUGCCGAGACAAGUUGGACCGCCUAUGCUUUUAUGUGUUGGAUCCAAACUCAUCGAGACGGUCUUGGAAGCUUGUUCAUGGGCUUCCGCCUCGUAUCAUGAAGAGAAAGGGAAUGGGUUUUGAAGUUAUAGGAAAUAAAGUUUACUUGUUGGGUGGUUGCGGUUGGUGCGAAGAUGCUACUGAUGAGGUCUACUGUUAUGAUGCUUCCCUGAAUGCUUGGAGUGAAGCUUCUCCCUUGUCCACUGCUAGGUGCUACUUUGCUUGUGAAAUAUUGGAUGACAAAAUAUAUUCCAUUGGCGGGUUGGGUUCAAUUUCAAGCUAUCCGCAUUCUUGGGACAUAUAUGACCCUUGCACCAAUAGUUGGAAAUUUCACUCAGACCCAAACAUCGUUCCUGAAAUUGAGGAUUCUGUGGUCAUGGCCGGGAAGAUUUACAUUCGUUGUGGCACUUCUGCUGUAACUUCUCAUGUGCACGCAGUUGUUUAUGAACCGUCAAGUGGGACAUGGCAGCAUGCAGAUUCUGAAAUGGUUUCAGGCUGGCGAGGUCCAGCAGUUGUCGUAGACGGAACCCUCUAUGUGUUGGAUCAGAGUUCAGGAACGAGGCUGAUGAUGUGGGAGAAGGAAACUAGGGAGUGGAUCCCUGUCGGGAGGCUGUCAUCGUUGCUUACUAGACCGCCCUGUCAACUCGUAGCUAUUGGAAAGAAAUUUUAUGUUGUGGGAAAGGGGCUUAGCACAGUCAUGUUUGAUGUUGAAAAUGCAGGGAAUAUGGAAGGGGUAAUGGUUAGUUCUUCAAUACCUAAAUUGAAUUCAAACAUUGAUGUAAUCGGCUGUAAAUGUUUAUCGAUUUGAAAUUCUUGAAACCGAAGGAGUAUUCGGAAACUACCAUUGUAUAAUACUCUGUACUGUACAUGCUUGGAUGUAUUUGGACGUCUCAUAAAAAAAGAAUUUAAUUAAAUUA